AUGGCACCUCCACCAUAUCACAAGCCUCCACCAAGCUAUGGAUUUUCGAAUCCGAUGGUAUUUCAUUCGCCCAAUCAGUCAGGACAAGUACCCAUAAGCUCUAUGGGUCCCCAAUGGCCUGGAAAUCCAAAUAUCGUAUAUGUACAGCCGGGAGCUAGCGCAUGGAAACGUUCAUUAUCUACUGAAGAACGUCAAGUUUCUUCGAAAGUCGAUCAAUCUUGUAGAUCUCAAAAUUCAUCUGGUUCGACUACUAAUGAUAUAGCGCCUGGCAAACAUUCUGUGACAUUGAUUCUUAUUGACGUCAUUAAUCAUCCCGAUUUUGAAGGCAAUGAAGGUAGAACAUGUACAGAGACAAAACAACCUAAAAUGUCUGUUUUUAUUGCAUUAUUACUCUUUCUAGAAUUGAUCAAAGUCAUAAAACCAAUUGGUCAGCGUAUUGCCGAAUUGCGAAAGACAGCUUACACUGCCAAUAUUCCAACCAUAUUUGUCAAUGAUAAUUCAUGA